AAAAAACUUAAGCAUUUCUAAUGUCCAACGAGGCCUUGUCUCCUAUCGCACGUGUUGUUACUAUUCCUGUUUUAUCCGAUAACUAUGCCUAUUUAUUGAUAGAUACUACUAAGAAUGUAGCAGCGGCUAUAGAUCCUGCAGAACCUGAAAAAGUAUUAGAAGUGGCAACCAAGGAAAGGGUAAAGCUUACCCACGUGUUAACUACUCAUAAGCACUGGGAUCACGCUGCAGGAAAUAAGAAAAUGGCAGAGUUGGUUUUUGGUAUUACUAUUGUUGGUGGUGAGUUGGAUGAGGUGGAUGGUGCAACGUUGUCAGUGAAAGAUGGACAAAUUAUUCACGUGGGUAAUAUUUGUAUCAAAGCACUCCAUACUCCCUGUCACACCAAAGGCCAUAUUUGUUAUUAUGUUACUACGACAGAUAGUUCACCACCUCAAGUAUUUACAGGAGAUACACUGUUUAUUGCAGGUUGUGGAAAGUUCUUUGAAGGAACAGCAAAAGAUAUGUUUCAUUCACUGUUGCAAGUAUUGAGAGUGUUGCCUUUGGAUACUCGGGUUUGGUGUGGUCACGAAUAUACUGUAAAGAAUUUACAGUUUGCAAAGACAGUAGAAACCAACAACUCCUUUAUUCAGACAAAGUUGGCUUGGGCAGAACAAAGGAGGAGUCUUCAUGAACCUACAGUUCCAUCUACUCUAAGUGAAGAAGUUCAGUAUAAUCCUUUUAUGCGAGUCACAGAAAAGAAACUUCAAGAGUCCUUGAGAAUGUUGGAUUCAGAUCCUGUGGAUAUUUUGGCUUAUCUUCGUAAACAAAAAGAUAACUUUUGAAUGCAUUACUUUAUUCUUCAUC